UUCUGCAUUUUCGUGAUUGAUAACACAAUUUGUGAUCAAGGCAUCGAUCGUGUAUCAUGCAAUGUAGUGAAAAUUACAAAAAGCAAUUGCAAGAGAGACAAGGAUCGCGAGAGAAUCUGUUUUUGUCAUUCGGAGUUUCUUAGUUUCCUCACAUGAGGUCACUAAAAUCAAUUCGAACUCGGACUGUCACUCUGUCGGCUUUUAAAGAUCAAUUUAAAAUAUUAUCAAAAAAGAAAUAUAUUUUAUUUUUAUGCAUAAAUUGAUAAAAAUGCGAAAUAUUAAUCUCCCACGUCGGUUUCUUUCAACUAAAAUUCAAAAAGAAGCAAAAGUACGGGAAAAGUGGAAGUCCAUCGUCGGUUUGGAAAUUCAUGCUCAGAUUGCAACAAAAUCAAAAUUAUUUUCCAGCGCAUCUACUAACUUUGCCAAUCGAAUUAAUUCAUGUGUCUCAUUCUUCGAUUGUGCCACUCCAGGAACGUUGCCUGUAUUAAACAGAAGAAGCGUGGAAUCGGCCGUUUUGUCAGCUUUAGCACUAUCUUGCCAAUUGAACGAGACUUCUUUGUUCGAAAGGAAACACUACUUCUAUCCAGAUUUGCCUGCAGGAUUUCAAAUUACCCAACAAGGACAACCUAUUGCAAUCAAUGGUGAAAUUAAGUUUCAUGUAUUUACUCCAGGAGUGCACAAAACACCAUACUUAAAAUCUUCUAAAAUCAAGCAGAUUCAGUUGGAACAAGACAGUGGCAAAAGUUUACAUGACGAAAAUCUGGCGAGAAGCUUGAUUGAUCUCAAUCGUGCUGGAAUACCAUUGAUGGAGUUUGUAUUUGAGCCAGAUUUGGUCGAUGGUGAAGAAGCAGCUGCGCUUGUGAAGGAGCUUGCAUUUACAUUACAAUUACUAGGCGUCUGUAGUUGCAAGAUGGAAGAAGGAGCACUUCGUGUUGAUGCCAAUGUUUCUGUAAGCAGUCAAGAAGACAGUCUCGGUGUUAGAACUGAAAUAAAAAAUAUUGGAAGCGUGCGUGCUGUCGCUGCGGCUGUUAAAUAUGAAAUAAAUAGACACAUUUCUAUUCUCGAGGCUGGUGGUGAGAUAUUUAACGAGACUCGCGCUUGGAAUGCAAUAAAAAAGAAAACCAUUCCUAUGCGUGAGAAAGAAGAUAAGGAAGAUUACCGAUUUAUGCCUGAGACAAACUUGCCACCUUUACGUAUACAUGUCAGAGAAGAUCUACCAAAUAAAGAUAAUUUAGUCGAUGCCGUGAUAUUGAGAAGACAACUACCCGAAUUACCAGAACAAAUACGCCAGAAAUUAAAGGACGUUCUCAAAAUAUCUCCUGAAAUAAUUAUUUCUUUAAUGAGCGACUUUGAAUUAUUACAAUUAUUUAAUGAAAUAAUAAAAGAUGAAAAUCGUGAACCGCAAUCGGUCGCUAAGUUCCUCGUUAUGGAAGUACUAACUUUUGUUCAUAAAAACAAACUCACGAUUGAAUUCUGCAUAUCGCAUAAAGAUUACAUUGGUCAAUUGAUUGACUUGUUACAAGAUAAAUUAGUUAAUUUAAUAAUAGCGAAGAAAGUGUUGGACGAAUUAACAGUUGAUCAAAAGAAACUUCCGAGAGAGAUUAUUGAAGAACACAAUUGGUUCUUAAUAUCAGACGAGAAACAACUAGAACAGAUAUGUUUAGAAAUUAUUGAGCAAAAUCCAAAAAUCGUAUCAGGAUAUAAAAAAGGCAAGAAAAAAUUAUUUAAUGCGCUAUUAGGACAAAUAACAAAUAUUACGGAAAAGCGUGCAGAUAUGACUGCUGUUGCAAAAAUCAUGGAAAGAUUACUGAAAUGAGUGGAAAUUUGAGACAUGUAAUAUAUCUAUAGAAUCAGUUUUAUAAUAAAAUAAAUUGUAAAUAUAUUUUAACGAUAUUCGAGGCAAUAAAAUAUUUAAAUGUAAAAA